AGCUUGGCUGCAGCUUAUCCACAUCUUGCUUAUGUUUUCAUUUCUCUCCAAAAUUCUCUCCAACCAACACAUUACCCAAAAAACACAGACAGAGAGAGUCUAAAAAACAGAGAAGAGGAGAGAGAAAAAGAGAGAAAAUGUCUGUAGCAUAUUCAAUUCCUUCUAUCAAAAUCUCUUCUUCUUCUUCUUCUUCUUCUCCGUCUUCUUCCUCUUCUUCAUUCAAAUUUCGCGCCAAAACUUUAAUUAUCAGGAGUUCCAAGGCAGAAGGGCCUCUCCGAAGACCUGUAGCUCCUCCUCUUAGAGAACCAUCUCCUCCUCUCAAGCCCAUCCCUCUUUCUCCUUCUCCAUCUCCAUCUCCGCCUUCGAUGACUCCUCCUCCGAAGCCAGCUGCCAUCUCGGAGGUUUCUAGCCCGGCUGUUGUUACUAUGGAGUUCCAGAGGAAGAUGGCGAAAGAGCUGCAGGACUAUUUCAAGCAGAAGAAGCUUGAAGAAGCCGACCAGGGACCCUUCUUUGGAUUCAUCGGGAAGAAUGAGAUUUCUAAUGGCAGAUGGGCAAUGUUUGGUUUCGCUGUCGGGCUGCUAACGGAGUAUGCCACAGGUUCAGAUUUUGUCGAACAGUUAAAGAUCCUUCUCUCCAAUUUUGGAAUUGCAGACCUGGAUUGAUUCACUCUCCAUCGUCGCCAUCUGUUUUUUAAUGUAAUUGUCAAAGAAUUCAAAUGUCAAUGUUUCUUUGAGCUAUUUACUGUAUCUUCUGCUAAAUCUUUGAUCAUUGAAUACUGUAUCUUCCCUGUUCGUUGAACUGUAAGAAUGCGAAAAUUCCUUCUUUUCCAUUUCAAACAUUGGAUGAAGUGUUUUAA